AUGAAUUGGCUAAUGGAGAUCGAGAAGAUUUUCAAUGCCAUGGAGUGCCCUCUUGCUCAGAAGGUGAGGUUGGCUACCUUCAUGUUGACCACUGAUGCCCAAUUUUGGUGGGAAGGAGCACUUCAAAGGAUGAUUGAUGGAGGAGUGCAAUUGAAUUGGGACAACUUCAAGAGGGGGAAUGAUACAGUGGCAGAGUAUGCUGCAAAAUUUGAUGCUCUGGUUCGCUAUUGUACUCAUUAUCAUGGUGAGGGUGGUGAAAAGGCUAAGUGCAUUAAGUUCGUGAAUGGCCUUCGUCCUGAGAUAAAGGCAGCAAUCAAUUAUCAAGAGAUUUAUCACUACCCAACGCUUGUCAAUAAGAGUAGAAUCUACGACCAUGACAAUUGUGCACGUGCUAUUGUUACAAGGGAGCUGGAGAUUCAAGGAAAUCAUGCUAAGAGUAGAUCUGUUCCUGGAAAUUCUUUCGUAAGUGGUGCUGCUAGUGUAAGAGGCUCUGUUUCUACCCCUACUAGUCGAUGCAAGAAAUGUGGGCUACGUGGGCAUGAGCACUAUAACUGUCCUGACAAGGAAAUAACAUGUUUCAAUUGUAAUGGCAAGGGUCAUAUUAGUACUCAGUGUCCACAACCGCCAAGGCAACGCAUGACGGGAACAUGA